AUGUCUCGACUUCUCUUCAAGCUCUCUCCCCUCAUUCACAUUCACAAGAGGAGCGUUCGUUCGUUUUCUUCCUCCACGACCGGCCCAUGUAAGUGGAUUUGCAGCAUGAUAGAACCCUCGCCGGAAGGCGGCUCCCUCGGACAAGUCCUGUUGUUCAACUUAGCAAAUUUCGAGUUAGUCAGAGCGGACAAAACAUAUCCCAUUGAGCUUUAUGACGCGCAGUUGGUUGGAGCUUCCCAUGGAUGGGGAUUUUUCUCCAAUAGACAAGAUCGGUCUGUCGUUAUCAGCGACUUUCUGAACCCCUAUGCUUCCAAGUCAAAACCAAAGAUGAUUCCUCUGCCUUUCUUUACUCCAAUGUACUCUGGCCAAACCGAAGUCGUGUGCAACGUGGCCAUGUCCUCUUCUCCUCCUGAUCAAGACGACCAAGAUUGGUUCGUUGGCAUCAAGUUCUUGGGUAGACAGCUGAGCCUCUGCAGGCCCCGUCAUGACCUGCGCUGGACUAAUAUCCUAACACCUUUUGAGUCAUGGGAUAGCUCAAAACUGAUGUAUUCCAAGAAAGACCAAAGGUUCUAUUUGCUUGCUCCUGGAGGAAACUACUUAUGCUCAUGGGAUCUCGACUUCAAGGAAGACAAGAAGCCUAAGUUCCAUGAGUUGGUGUUGCACAACCUUCCCGACAUGCCACGUUCCCACCGGAAGCGGUUGGAUUCCUACUGCAGGGAGGAUCACUGGGUGGAGUCACCUUGUGGCGAAAGUUUCCUCGUCAAAUGGUACUCAGAAUACACUCCUGAAGGGUUCAAAGCACCGACUGCAAUGGUGUUUAGAGAGGAGUACACACAAGAUGGGAGGAAAAACAUGCGUUACACAGAUGACAUAGGAGAUUUGUGCAUUUUCAUUUCAAAGGGGGAGGAUUUCUGCGUCACGGCCACCUCUUGCCCUGGACUCCCCCGCAACUCCAUCUUUUUGAAUGGACGUUUGUUUGCGACGCUCAGUAUGACCAAGAGUACCUUCGGUUGCUAUGAGUUACCCCAAGGUUCACCAGAAAAAAUCCCCUACUCCCCCUACUGGCUUCCUCCGUUUUCUCCCUAG